UUUUUCAAGGUUUAAUGCAUCAACACUGAUUUGUGUCUUAUUUUAAAUAUCUCCACAGUAACAGGAGGAGGUGCAGUGUGUGUGUGUGAGUGACGUGCAGGAGGAGGUGGAGAAUUCUCUGGACUCUGGUCAGGACCUCAGAGCUGAGGAGACUCAGAGGAGAAGAUGAAGAAGCUGCUGGUGUUUGUGCUCUGCCUGGUCCUGCUGACCAUUUACACACAUGCCAAUCCCAUCAUCACGGAGAGUUUGGCGAAGCAGCUGCUUCGCAGUAAGCGGCAGAAGCCUGGACAUCCUGAUGAGCCAAUGAGGGAGCACAUGCUCCACAUGCAGGUUCUGGAUCAACGAGCCCAGGAGACUAACAUGGAGAACUUGCUGAACCCUCACUGCUCUCCUCGCUGUGACAGGAACUACGGACACCCUGUCUGAGGACGAGGGCAAAGUGAACAUGGACUCGACAAUGGCAGCAGUGAAAACGUCUGAACAACAAACAGAGAGACUUAAUAAACCACCAUCACUGUUAGUGACAUGGCCAAAAUAAACCAUGUUAUUGUGACUAAAACGGUUUGAUGCACUUAUUGGUGCUGUAUGUCUCCAAAUGUGUUUACACAGUAAAUAAACAAUAUCAUCAAUACUUCUACUUACAGUAUAUACUCUAAUCUCUCUGUAUCAAAGCCGCUGUAGCUUCCUGUGUGUCAUGUAUCACCACAGAGUAGAAAAGUCUUCAUUCCACUGAAAAUAAAUCUCAUGAGUGACAAUGACAA